AUGGAGUACGUUGACCACGAUAGCUUGACAGAAGCUGAGAUCGGCGCAAUGGAGGGGCUGACUGUGCGUUCUAAGAUCUCGGAGCUUCCUAUGAGCGGUUCCAGCAACAUCUCACCAUAUGCGCUUGGUAUGUCGGUGCGCAUCGACCUCGAGAAACGUCGACGUGCGACACAGACGGAUAAGGAGCGUAACAUGAUGCUAGGGAGCUCAUUCAUGGAUUCACAUGGCAAGCUUGCUGUAAGCGACAAGGUACUAGAAGCAGCGACCAUCUUGCGCAAAAUGGAAUCUAACUGUGGCGCAGUAGUAUAUCGUGAGGCGUUGGCUACGCGUAUGCAGAUGCGUACUAUGGCAUUGAAAAACUUCUCGGCGCAGAAUUAUGGUGACGCGUUGUUGCAGGCGCACUAUUCGCUUAUGUUGGCAAAGAAGUUCCACAUGGAGAUUUCGAAAACACCUUUGAGCGGCGAGAUGGCAAUGGAGCUUCUGAUCUUGAGUAAAUGUUACGCUCAGGUGGGUCGUCUUGAUGUUGGUCGAUCCUACUUGCUGGAGUUCCGCUUCUUGGUAGAGCAGACCAUGUUACACUUAGUGGAUGCUAAGGGCGCAAAUGAACGCACUGCAUCUCCGUUUCCGGCACGUAAUGCAGUAAUAAAUUGCGAUUCUAAGGUAUUCCCUGGUAUAGUGUUCACAUUGGGUGAGAUAUUAACGAUGUAUGACCUUCGAGAGGACGCAGAGAUGUUUUUCUCCAAGUACCUGGUGCUGUGUGAGCGUGAAUUUGGUGAGACUAGCUUGCAGCUUAGCGACGCUAUAAAUAGCGUAUGCAUUUAUCUACUACGUGGCAAACAAUAUCUUAAGGCUCUGCCACUUUCCAUGAAGGCGCUAGAGAUCAUUAAAAAGCACUUCGGUGACUACACUAGUGAGACACCGGAUUCACGUGUCGCUGAGGGUUACUGCAAUGUCGGUGUCAUAUACCGUAUGGCUGGUAAUCCUAUCGAUGCUCUACAUAAUUUGUUGAUCGCAAUCGACAUGAAGAUGCGUAUUUUGCAGGACCGUACGCAUCCACAGGUUCAAGACGUCUUCCUUUCUAUUGGAUGUUGCCAGCAUAUGCUUGGUAACUUCCACGCUGCGGCAUCUAUUUAUCGGGAGGUUUAUAUUACACGUUGUGAUUCGUUGGGGAGCACGCACCCGCUGACUAUAGCGGUGAAGCACCUAAUGGAGGACCUCGACCGCGAUAUCAAAUUGGCACCGAGGUCUGAGGAACCUUCGGAGGCGGAAAAACCAACAUCUUCCGUAUCAGGCGACAUACUCACACGUUUGAAAGCGCUAGAUGCGGAGAUGAGCCAUUCACAGGCUGAGCGCGGUCGUUGCACCCCUGGGAUUGAGGUGAGCCGAAUCCAAUCGCUCUACGCAAACAAGACUAAGCAUUUUCUCAUGCCUACUUCAAGCAUAAUGCAGGUACAGGAAUGUUUGAUUACUCGUAAACAAGUGCUGGAUCUGUCUCAACAGAUUUCUUCGCAGUACUCAUGUCACCGCCUACCCAUCAUAAACAUUCCCCGUAUGGCACGCGGACGUGUGUUUGUUAGCGACGGACAGCCUGUUAUGGAAUGUAAUCGCGAUGCCAUUGAUUUACUUUUGGAGUGGGACUUUCGUCCCCCGGAGGUUACGGCAGAGGGUGAUGUCGUGGGUUCCGACCCUCGGUUGCCUGGCGACGUAAAGUUGUUCAUUCCCUUAGUUGAUGGGACUGAACUUGUUAUGGGUUUUCACAACAAGCCACUUUUUGUACCAAAUCCUGGUAUAUUCCACGCAUACAAGCGAUCCAGGAUAGUUCAAGAUUUCAAUGCGAGCCUCGGAUCAUCGAGGGCUGGCAGCGCCACAUUGCCUGCAAGUAAGCCUACUGUUACUGUAGUCAAGAAGUUACAACCGCCACUGAAGAAAGCAGGCACUGCCUCUGUAGUCGCGACCACAUCUCAGGCAUCUGACACCCCUGAUAAGAAGAUCGAAAGCCCCGAUCAGGAGCCACCUACGGAUGCUGCUGUGGUUAAGGCGGCUCCUGCUGGGCCUGGCCCGAAGAGCCUCAGUGUAGGUAAGAAGACACUUAACGUGCCACCACCCAAGAAAGUACCUUCUGUAACGCCUCCACCUGAGGAACCCAAGAAUGAAACACCACCUGACACAAAGGCGCCAAAGAACGUUCCCGAUCCUGUCAAGGAGGCUAAACCCGAUCCACCUCCAAUACCUUUGGGAGAGCUGCUGAUGAAGAAGGCGGCCAACGGCGUGAAUUCCCGCAACGCAAAGUUUUUGGCCAAAAUUGGUAACUUGGCUAAGAUCGUAGUGAAGCCGAACCAGAUCAAGGUGCCGACUCCUAAAAGCCUUCAAAAGGUUAAGGCAGCAGCACCGGUAACACACGCUUCACCACCUUCUUCGGACAACGAAAGCGACUCUUUCAGUGACGCAUUCACCAGUAUCUCUGAUAUGGACGAUGAUGAGCUGCCAUCUCUCACGUAUGCUACAAGGGACGACCCAAUAGCCAUGGCUACGUUAAUUGCCACGUCACCGCGUGCCCCCAAUCUUCCUUUGGAUUUGAAAUCCAUUAGCGACCCACUACCUAUGGAUAUAUUGUCCCGUGUUCGGGGUAUCAGGUCUCACAAGGAGGACAAGGCAAUGCGAUGCAUGUUGCUUGACAAGGAUGGAGCAUCGUUAGCGGUUGUACCAUGGCAGAUUGACUUGGUAUCUUUGACCUUGGCCAAAUCGUGUCUAUCACUUGAUUUGGCCGAAAAGUAUGCCACCAAAGCUGAUGACACUGACGCAGAGAAGGAGGCUAAAAUAGCUGCAUAUCGCAAGUUAUUAGCAGGAGAAGGUCUAAAUGAAUUAGGUUUCAUGGACUUUAUCGCUGGUAAGGCAUCACAAUCUUUAGGUAGCUCCUCCGGGUCAUUGGCCUCUGGUUUGGGUAUGGACUUACCGCCAUCUGUUCUGGCAGCUCUCCGAAAGCAGGCUGAGGAUUUGGAACGUAAGGCGAAGGAAGAACAAGGCUUGGGAGCAGGUAAGGGAGAGGGCGAAGGCGGCCCUGGUAGUGGCCCUGGCAUGCCUAAGGUUGUACCAAUUCUGAAGAAGGCUGCACCGGAAGCUAAGAAAGGUGCCCCUCCAAUGAAGAAGGGCGCUCCAAAGGGUCUCGCACCACCCGCAUUGAAGAAAGGUCUCCCUACCAAAACAAAAGGUAGGGGUCAGGGUGCAACGGUCGAUAAUUCGCGUGUCCGUCGGUUCUUCUGGGAUCCUAUCUUUGGAGACGAUGUUAAAGGCACAUUAUUCGCCGCUCCUAAGGGUCUUCCAAAUGUGGAGAAGCCCGAGAUCGAGGAAACAUUCGCUAAGGCUGCACCUAAAGCACGUGUUGCUGUUACUGCUAAACCGAAGGUCAUCAAUUUGCUGCCCGAUUCCAAACGUGCUUACAACAUGAACAUUGCGCUAUCGAAAUUCUCGAAAUACACAUUCCAAGAACUAAAGGACGCGGUGAUGGGUCUUAACCCUACUAUCCUGAAUGUUGACGCUACAGAAAGCCUUUUGUCUCUGCUACCUACUGCGGAAGAGGUUACGAUAGUACAGGAGUACGUUAAAUCUGGUGGUGACAUGACUGUGGUGGAUCGUCCGGAACAGUUCGUUGCGGUGAUUUCGACCAUUCCCAUAUUGAAGCAACGUCUAGAGUCGCACCAAGUGGCGCUUACGUUCAAGGAGCACUUCCAGGAGAUUAUCACCCCUCUAGAACGUAUAAUGGACGGUUGUGAGGCGGUUAUGACUAGCAGUCGUUUGAACGUUCUGUCUAACGUCAUUUUGAAGAUAGGUAAUACGUUGAACGAGGGAGACUCAAAGAAGGGUAAUGCUGAAGGUUUCAAACCCACUACAUUUGCGAAGCUAAAUGAAUUCCGUACUACUACCAAACCUGUGAAGACUCUGAUGCAAUACAUCUGCGACCUCGUUGCAAGAGAGGAUGAGAGUAUUUUGGAGAUUUACGGUGAGCUACGUGCCUGCGAGGAUUGCUCGAAGAUCGACAUGGCAGCACUUGAAGGUAACAUUUCUAAGUUCAAGGCCGACAUGCAGCGUGUAAACAACGCUAUUGCAGCUGCUGAUCGUGUACGUGAUUCCGGUGAUGAAUUCGUGCCUAUAAUGCGCGAUUUCAUGAAGGAUGCUGAGCCCAAGGUUUCCUUUGUACAGGAACAGUACAAAGACGUGAUGAUGUUGUUCCGCGACACUGUGAAGUACAUGGGUUAUCCUACCAAGGAGGUCGAGAAAGUUCGUGUGGAUGAGUUGUUCCGUCACAUUUGGGGUUUCGCGAAAUCUGUGGAGGUUGCUCGCAAGACACGUAUUGAAGCUAUCGAGAAAGAAAAUCGUCUGAAACAAGCGGAGCGUAGAAAACAGGAGCAAGCUGCUGCUCGUAAGAGCAAGAUGCGAACAUCGCUCGUACCUACGAAUAUAACAGCUACCCCCAAGAUACUCGACGAUCUGAAGGACACUGUUAAAAUGCAAUAG